AUGGUGGAAUUUAACAUUCACUGGGUACUGGUUGACAAUGGGAGCUCCGCGGACAUCAUCUAUUUGCCUGCAUUUCAGCAGAUGAAACUGAGCCAUGAAAGACUUAGACCUUUCACUUUCCCUUUAGUGAGCUUACCGGAGACAGAAUCAUCCCUAAAGAAAGAUGAUGAACAAGAUAGACGCAACAAGGCGGCUCGUCCAAUGGGCCAUAGAGUUGGGCCAGUUCGACAUAGAAUACCAGCCUCAGGUCGUAAUCAAAACCCAGGUCCUAGUAGAUUUCAUUGCAGAGUUCACUUCACUUUAGAUGAGGAAAAGCCUCUGAAGAGAACAUGGAUGGUUCAAAUAGACGGAUCCGCCACCAAGAAAGCUGGAGGAGUAGGCGUAGUUCUCAUAUCACCAGAGGGAGAAAUCUUAAAGUACGCAGUUAGAUUACAAUUCCUAGCAAUGAAUAACGAAGCCGAGUAUGAAACACUUCUAACAGGCUUAAGACUAGCAAAAGUGCUAGAAGCAAAGGUUCUCAUCAUCCAAGCCAAUUCUCAGCUCGUAAUUGGCCAGGUAAGAGGAGAUUAUGAAGCAAAGGAGGAAAGAAUGUAG